CGCGCCAAAGGAUGCAAAGGACCGAUCGAGCGUCGUAGACCAAGCCUGCAAGCAUGUCAGACCGCAGACGACCACGUAGUCGGUCAAGAUCGCCUCGCCAGCGGUCUAGAGACGAACAUGACGACUCGGACAGGCGGCAUCGCGAGGAAAGGCGGCGAGAUUACGCUCGAGACGACAGACCUAGACACGCACCCCGACGUGCGCCCUCACCGAGCAGGGACGAACGCAGAGAUCGUCUGAGGAGGGGCGAACUUCUUCCCCAGCAAGCCGAGCUCGUGCCUGUUCACACUCGAGCGGGUCCCAGUCAAUCUGCGCCUGAAGUAUGGGGCAAGGCUGAUGAAGCUCAAGAGGAAGUCCAACCGCCUAGAGGGCCGCCCAAGCCUAAUUUUGCCAAUUCGGGACGACUGGCAGCAGAGACGAACACGUACAAAGGGGUGGUACUGAAGUAUAACGAGCCACCUGAAGCGAGGAAGCCUAGCAAGAAGUGGAGACUCUACGUCUUCAAAGGAGCCGAACAAGUAGACAUGUUCGUGCUCGAUAGACAGUCUGCGUACCUCAUCGGACGCGAUCGCAUCGUUGUCGAUAUACCCAUAGAGCACCCUUCCUCGUCCAAGCAGCACGCUGUGUUCCAAUUCCGGCAGAUCACAGAACGCAAUGAGUUUGGUGAUGUCAAACAGCCUACAAAGCUGUUCCUCAUCGACCUCGAAUCGGCAAACGGCACGAGCGUCAAUGGCGAGACGAUACCACAAGCGGUGUAUUACGAGAUCAAGACGGGCGACGUGGUCAAAUUCGCAGACUCUACCCGCGAGUACGUCGUGCUGGUUGAGCCAUGAUAUGCAAUAUGCGCAUCUGUUGUACACUGCUUAUCAUGCCUUUGCGAGAGCUUG